AUGCCCUCGCUCCCCUCCCCCGCCUCACCGCCGGGCGUCGCCGCCGUCCUCCGCCUCCUCGAGUCCCGCGAUCUCCCCGCCGCCGCACGCCACCUGCCGCACGCGCUCAGGGCGUUCGACGACCUGCCGCGCCGCGACGUCGUCGCGCACUCCUCCGUCCUCGCCGCGUUCCUCCGCGCGGGCCUCCCGCGACGCGCGCUUCUCCACCUCAGGACCAUGGCCGCCGGCGGCUGCGGCGCCGACGAGGACGUCGCCCCCAGCGCGCACGCGCUCUCCGCCGCCGCCAAGGCGUGCGCCGUGCUGCGCGACCUCCGCGCGGGCGCCUGCGUGCACGGGACAAUCGUCGUGCGUGGGUUCGGCGACGACGGGGUCGUGCUGAGCGCGCUCGUGGACAUGUACGGCCACGCGGGCGCGCCGGCCGACGCGCGGAAGGCGUUCGAGGAAAUGCACGCCCCGGAUGGGAUAUGCUACACGUCGCUGAUAUCGGCGUUCGUGCGGAACGACUGUUUCGAGGAGGCCCUGCGGUGGUUCCGCACCAUGGUCGCGACAAAGGGGGUCUGGCCGGAUGGCUGCACGUUCGGUUCCAUGAUGACGGCGCUGGGGAACUUGAAGAGGGCAAGGCAGGGCAAGGAGGCGCAUGCGCAGGUCAUUACACAUGGCCUGUGUGGGAACGUGAUCGUGGAGAGCAGCACCCUUGACAUGUACGCCAAGUGUGGGAUGAUGGUAGAUGCACGCAAGGUGUUCGAUAGGAUGAAGGUCAGGAAUCCAGUUUCAUGGUGCGCUCUGCUCGGGGGAUAUUGCCAAAGUGGGGAGCAUGAGAAGGUUCUCUCAUUGUUUCGGCAGAUGGAUAUGGAGGAUGAUAACUGGUAUAGCUUGGGGACUCUUCUGCGGUCUUGUGCUGGCCUGUCUGCAGUGAAGCUAGGAAAAGAAAUCCAUUGCCGUUUUAUGAGGAUGAGAGGCUGCAGAGACGUCAUUGUGGAGUCCGCACUCGUCGACCUGUAUGCGAAAUGUGGUGCGGUAGAAUACGCGCACAGGGUUUUUAAAAGGAGCAGUGUCCGCAACAUGAUUACUUGGAAUGCCAUGAUUUGUGGUUUUGCUCAGAAUGGCCAUGGCGAGCAGGCUAUCAGUCUGUUCAAUAAGAUGGUCAGAGAAGGGGUCAGGCCAGACUACAUCAGUUUCAUUGGUGUUCUUUUUGCCUGUAGUCAUACUGGUAUGGUUGAGGAAGGAAGGAACUACUUCAACUCGAUGACCAAGGACUACGGCAUUGCCCCUGGUAUUGAACAUUACAAUUGCAUGGUUGACCUCCUCAGUAGGGUAGAGCUUCUGGAAGAGGCUGAAGAUCUGGUAAACAAGUCACCAUUUAGGGAUGACUCGUCACUGUGGGCAGCAAUCCUUGGUGCCUGCGCCACACAUACUAACCCAGAUGUAGCAGUAAGGGUUGCCAAGUUAAUGAUGGAAUUGGAGCCCCGAUACCACUUGAGCUAUGUUCUUCUUGAAAAUGUAUACAGAACCAUUGGGCGAUGGGAAGAUGCUGUGGAGGUAAGGGAGCUGAUGAAAUCAAGAAAGGUGAAGAAAGAACCUGGAACAAGCUGGAUUGAUGCAAACAGAAGCAAACUGUACAUGUGUAAGGCUAAGGAGGGAGCUUCACAACUUGUAGCCUCUGGGGACAUGAGUGCAGAUGAGGAAGUACAGUUCAUAUGA